AUGGUCGUCAUGUUGACCUUAGUGUCCAUCUCGUUGCUGUUCCUCUGCCCAGCCCUAGCAGAGAUUAAAGAAGUCGUAUCCAGUCCGGAGUACACCUUCUGCAUUAAAAACGUUGAGAGGGCCAGAGGAAACUUUACGGCUGGCAUCAAAGGCAGCGAAGAACUGGCCGAUUGGUAUUGCAUCCACAAGGUGUUGUGGCGAACGGCCCACGACGUAGGGGUUAUGGCGCGCCUUACGGACUCCCAGAGGCAGUGGAUCACCAGUCUCUUCAGUCAGAUCGAAGAUGACUUCAAGCAGAGAGAGUCCUCUCCCAACACCCCUGUGAGGGAGAGGAAGGAAUUCCGCACACUGACGACAGAACAAAGACGAAACUUUGCAGAGGCGGUGAAGUCCCUCAAAUCAGACACGAGUGUUCUUCCCAACAAGUACGACGUAUUUGUGCUGAUGUAUAACGGGGUCAUUUCUGCGCCUGCGCAUUUCGGCCCUGGAUUCUUUGGCUAUCACCGGCUUUUUACUCUGCUGUUUGAGACUGCCCUCCGUGAGGUAAUGCCCGGGAUGACCUUGCCCUACUGGGACAGUACAUUGGAAGGCAGGCUGAUCGACCCACGGGAAUCCUCAUUCUGGAGCGAGGAGCUGAUUGGAAGCGGUGAAGGUCCUGUGCUGACUGGCCCCUUCCAGGGUUGGCAGACCGCCGAUAGCUCUCACCUCACUCGUAACACUGGCACGGGAGGCGGCUUCUUCACGAACCUGGACAUCGAGAGGAUGUGUUUCAAGUCAAAGCUGGAGCAGGUGACCGAGCCUUUUUCUCCCACCAGCAGUGUAUUCGAGAGGACACAGAGUCAGGUCCAUCUGUUUGUUGGCGGAGAGAUGCGGGACUACUGGUCAGCCCCCAACGAUCCCCUUUUCUUCCUCCAUUACGCCUUCAUUGACUGUAUCUGGGAGCAGUUCCGUGAACAUCAGCGUAAUGUCAACAUUAACCCGGAAACAGAUUACCCAGCUUUCUACGGCACGGCGGCACAUGCGCCAGACUUUCCAGUGUUCCGUGAUUUCCUCAUCACAAAUCAAGAUGCCCUAAAAGACAAAUAUGGGAAGAGUCUUUAUCGUUGUGCACCCCGACCUCGAUGCGUGGAUAACUUAAGUUGUGGUUCAGAAUUUCUCCAGUGUAACUUCGAAACUCUCAACUGCGAGCCAACAAAACGAAAUUUAGGCAACUUUUGUCCUAACCAUGGUACAUUUCAGCGAAAAGGUUAUCAGAAUUCGUACUGCGCGAAUGGCGUGUGCGACACCGACCAGUUGGGUUAUAUCCCCAUAGAGGUGGUGUACGGGCGCCCACCUGACUUCCCUGUGUACAACUCCCACCCAUACGAUAACGGACAGCCGAACUUUAGUGAGGACAUCUACAACCCGAAAUGCUACAAGGAAUCUCAGAUGUUCAGCUCUCGACUGAGUCGUCAUCUGGACACCCCCGAGUUCACCGACUGUGGAUGCAAGACCCGGGGUGUCAACCACGGCGGUGUGUACUUACAGUCCCACGGUAUCAACUAUCAGGGCAGUUACCGGGAGUAUGCCGUCGUGGACAGACGACUGGCUGUGUCUUCUAGCGUGGGCAUUGUGGCCGUGAAGAAACCCGUGGGAGGGGAGUCACUGGCGUUUAUCCGAGCUUAUGACGACUGCGGGAGGAUCUGCCGCCCGGUCUGCCAUAUGCCUAACACCGAAUGGUACGAGACCUGUACAGGUGUUGUGAAGGUCUCAUCUACCCAGCCCCUCCAGUACGCCAACUCAUACGAAGGGGCCUUCCUGGAUCUGUGGGACUUCAGUCGCGGUCCCUUCAUUCCGGUCAUCAACAUGGACAUGAUUCGCCUGACGUUCUACUGUGACUUUAGUGGCGCCUGGCCGUGGAUGUUCUACCAACCUGCAGCCCCCAUGACUGCCACGCUCGCACCCAUCACUACCACUGUGCCCACCCUCAUCGGCUCAGACCAAACCAGGGAGGACGUGAUGCACACUGCACCCCCACCAGUUACUACGACAACGACAACCACAUCCACAACGACGACUACGACGACUACAACAACACCUCGCCCAACAACCACCUUGUUACGCACCAGAGCCCGGAUACCCCGAACUACCACCACUCUGGCACCCACAACCACCAGAUUCGUCGAUCCUGGUACGUACACAACUUCUGCUUGUACUCCUUGUAAUUGUGCCAUAUCCUAUCUCUGUGGCAUGUUUCAAUGCAGAAAACGCAGUGCAAAAAAGCCAGAUCUUUGGGUGUAUCGUUGA